UUCACCAACCCAGCAUCAAGGAGAAUAACUCAGAUUCUUUUCUUUCACUUCUUUUUGGCUUCAGGUGCGUUGUUACGCGGCGCGGACCUGUUGGUACAGUUCGGGCUUCACACUUUUGGAUAAAGUCGCGCAAACUUUGCAGGACACCGCGCAAGAAGACAAUGCACAGAGUGUGUGUGGAGAGAGCAGCCCGGCCGGCAGUGAGAGGAUGAUGUGACCCUGUGUAAACUCCAGUGACCACCUCUCUCUCCCAAACACACGUGAAACGGCAGCAGCGCGUCCAUGUCCAGGCUCUAGCCAGCAUGACUCUGUCCGGCGGUUUGUCGGAUACUUGUCAGCUCGUUUUACGCGACCGCAUGGAGCCGGAGCUGUGGAAGUAGGGCUUCAUCCAUGCUUUCUGGGGAAUAGUUGGUGCAAACACGUUGUGAAGCAAACAAAGCUACCGUGCACACUUUGGAGAGAGAGCUACGAUGCGGGGAACUUUGGGCGCAUUCAUUCAGUCCUGUCUGAUACUCCUGGUCCGGGCAGACCAGUGGAGGUUGAAGGACUCCGCCAACUGCGAGCUUAACAGGAAACAAACUGAUCUGAACUCCUUCCUGUGGACAAUCAAACGGGACCCUCCCUCAUAUUUCUAUGGUACAAUCCACGUUCCCUACACGCGUGUUUGGGACUUCAUCCCUGAAAACUCAAAGCAGGCCUUCCAGGAGAGCAACAUUGUCUACUUCGAGCUGGACCUGACGGACCCUUACACCAUCUCAGCCCUGACAAGCUGCCAGCUGCUCCCUCAGGGCGAGAACCUGCAGGAUGUCCUACCCAGGGACAUCUAUCGGAGACUUAAAAGACAUCUUGAGUAUGUAAAGCUCAUGAUGCCUUCAUGGAUGACCCCGGAUCAGAGAGGGAAGGGACUUUACGCAGACUACCUCUUCAACGCCAUCGCUGGGAACUGGGAGAGGAAGCGGCCUGUUUGGGUGAUGCUGAUGGUGAAUUCCUUAACUGAGGCAGAUAUUAAGACACGAGGGGUGCCGGUGUUGGACUUGUACCUGGCCCAGGAGGCGGAGAGGAUGAGGAAGAGGACGGGGGCUGUCGAGAAGGUGGAGGAACAGUGUCAUCCGCUGAACGGGCUCAACUUCUCCCAGGUGAUCUUUGCCCUGAACCAAACGUUAUUACAGCAGGAGUCUUUAAGGGCAGGAAGCCUACAGGUCCCAUACACCACUGAAGACCUCAUCAGGCACUACAACUGUGGAGAUCUCAACUCCAUCAUCUUCAAUCACGACACCUCACAGGUCCCUAACUUCAAUAACGUGACACUGCCACCCAGCGAGCAGGUGACUGCCCAGGAAAUAGACAGCUACUUUCGACAAGAGCUCAUCUACAAGAGGAAUGAGAGGAUGGGGAAGAGGGUCAAGGCACUGCUAGAGGACCACCCUGACAAGAGCUUCUUCUUUGCCUUUGGAGCAGGUCACUUUCUUGGCAACAAUACAGUCAUUGAUGUGCUUCGUCGCCAGGGAUACGAGGUGGAGCACACCCCUGCUGGGCAGCCCAUAAACAGGAGAUCAUCAUUCAGACCUGACUCGCCGGAGUCAGAAGAGCACCAAGAUGAGUCCCCUCUCCUGGAGCCUUUCUUCCACGAGCUCCCCCACAAAGAGGAGGAUCAGGGGCGUCCCCUGGAGGAUGAUCUGUUACCCCACAUGCUUCUUCCAGCUGAUAGCCUGGAGCUGCUGGAGAAAGCGGAGAGGAAGAUGCUGAAGAAAAAGAGGAGGAACAAGCAGAAGAAGCAGCGGCACCGGCAUUUUAACGACCUCUGGGUUCGCAUCGAGGAGAGCACUAUGGUCCAGUCUCCGCCUCCCCCGCUGGUUCGCAUCAUCAAUGGUUACAUCACAGUGCAGCCACCUGACAGAGUCCAUAGCCACUACAACUUCCAUCACAUAUCUUCAGCAUCAACCACCUCUUCAUCCUCUCCAUCUUUACUUGUCUUCCUCUGCACGUUGCUUACAGUGCAGAUGUGGACUGUGUUCCUCUCGUAGAGCAGUAGUGGGACAGUCAACCUUGUUGAGUUUGAACUCUCACAUAUGAUGGUUUCAUGUAUCAGCUCAUGUAAAGUGGGGUCUGAUCACGCAUCAUAAUACCUAGAGGAGGCUGCAAAAGAGUGUGGUGACUCAGAGACUGCUCACAAAAAAAAAGCACGGAGAAAGGAUGUGAAAUCAGCUCUAGCUGUCAGGUAACGGUACACUCCAUGGAUGUUAGGCUAGAUAAAGUUUGAUGUUGUUGGGACUGAAUGGUAAAUCAUGUCAAUAGAGCAUGUCUCUUACAAAUUGAGGCCUUGGUGAGCAUGUAAGUUCAUACAGAGUUAGGGUUCUUGGAACAUUUCAUAAGGUUUCCAUUAUUUAACAGACACAGCAAGAGUGAGUACACAGAACACAGCAGGAAAGAAAACAGGAACUGACAUUACACAACAUGUCAGUGCCUUUAUGGAUUACAGUGUUACAGUAGACACUCAUCGUUCAACAUUCAAACCUCUGAAAAUAUGAGAUCUCACUGAAGUGACUGUUCAUUGAAUGAACCCAUGAACAUUGUCGAAACUAUUGCUGAAUGUCAAAUACCUUCAAUAAGUACAACUGGAACCAUAUGUCCUUUUGUGUGUGUGUGAGAGAGAGAGUGAGUGAGUGUGUGUGAUGUUUUACAUGUGUGUGUGUGAGAGAGACAAACAAAGUCUAUCAGCUCUUAACCCCCCGGCCCUGCAAAAAGAGGUGUUCCUCUUCAGACUUUAAUUUAUUCUUCCAUUUUAGAAGAAUUUGUUCAAUGUUGCAUAAAAGCCUACUGUGCGGGAAAAUUGUACAUAUUGUUUCAAAAUAUUAUAGAUGUAUUUUAGAAUUAUACAAAAAUGAAAAUUAUCAAACGUUUUGUUGUUGUUUAUAUAAAUAUAUAAAUAGAAAUGCAGUAUAUUUUUGAAAAGAAAAUCAGGAACUAACCACCAUAGCCCGUGUCAUGUGUCUCACUGAAAUUACAUUUUUGGAAGGGACAUAUGAUUGUAUUGUACUUGAUGUAUCAGUGUUAUCACUUGCUUUGCUGUAUGUGUCUGCUGAAAGGAUUCAUUUUAUGUGUGUUUGUGUGUGUGUAUGUCUGUUUUCACAUAGAGAUCAUUUGUUUAAUUUAUUUAACUACUAUAGUUUUGCUGUAGGCCAUAUAAAAAAUCCCCAAUUUUUUACAUAUAUUUCAAAUGUUUUCAAGUAUGAUUUCAAAUGCAUAUGAAUGGUAAUAAUAAUUCAGUUUUCAAUACAUGAAGCUGUCUACACAGAUAGACCACAUACAGCAUAGUGAUUUAGGUCUUUCACAUUUUACGUAUGGCAUGAGAUGAUUGUAAUAGUAUUACCAUG